GCCAUCUGGUCUGUUGUUACUGUGUUAUAUUGUAGUAGGCUACUGGGGGAAUUAGUACGAUUAAUACAAAACAAUCACAGAUUUGCAUCAUCAUUUGGUCAAGAAAUCACAUUCAAGAUGGCAGCCAUCAAUGAGCAGACUUUGACCACAGAUCAAAGUUCAGUUUUCUUCCUGAGUGGUCACAGCGAGACACAUCUCCCCUCAGUGACACGCUCCAUUCAGAAGCUAAUGCCAGACCAACCCUCCGAGUUCACAUACAUUGGAACAGCGAGGUCCUAUGAGUGUGCUCCGUCCCCAGUCAUCAAAUCACCAUCACAGCUUCUGGUUGAGUUGUAUCGUCGUCGUUUAAAACCUUUGGGUACUGGGGGCAACACCAUACUGUCUGCUGAAUCUCAGAUGGCUAUUCUACAACUCUGCCUCGCUGAACACAACAAACAGAAGUACGAUGUUUAUGACACAGAUGCAAGCGAAGUUCUGCAGAUGUUAAGAAAGCUUAACAAUCAAAAACUUUCAACAACUUUCACCGAUGACGUUUCAUCACAAGACAGCUCCGAGAGCUUCUCAUUAUCAGAGGAACCUGUGAGAUGUCUGUACGAGGCGUUUCUCAAGAGUUGCAAUAUGGUGGACAUGAUGGAUGUUCACCAUGCGGUCAAGACGCUGAUUGAGACUGACGGGGAUUGGUUCAAGUCGUUCAGAGAACAACAUGGGUUGAUUGUGCUGCAGUGGCCCCAUGAAGUGCUGGAGAGAAAUAUUUUGAGACUUCUUUGUGGCCAGCCGGGGAAAGUCACAGAAAUCAACGUCGACAUUCUCACUGAUACUCUGGAAAAAGUUAAUGAAGACAACAUCAAACUGCAUAUCACGCAGAGAGACUGGGAUACAGUGCAAGACAUGGAGGACAACAAGUCGUUCUCGGCUUCACCACCCAAGACACAAAGAUCGCCCGUUUCAACCACAGAAGUUCUGGUGCAUCAAGUAUUUCUCUCGUUUCUUGGGCUCCUUGUCAACUCUCGAGAUGAACUAUCCUUGGCAAGAUGUUUGAGUUACUCUCCUACGGGCCUAGACCACAAGGGAUUCACUGCACUCAAGAAUCUAGCUAAGCUCAAGAACAUGUCCAUGUAUCAGACAGCGGUGUCCUACAUCACCAAACUGAGGCUCGGAGGCAGAAGCUACGCGCCUGGCAACGAGGGCGCUUUUCUUGGCGACAAUGUCAAGAGUCUGAGUGAAUUUGUCACUAAUGUUCAGAAACUGCAAGUUCUACUGGAGGAAGUCCCAGAUACUAGACUUUCUAUCAACAAAAUAUUGGUGUCCGUCAAAGCCCUCCUGUGUAAGUGCAGAGGGAGUGUCUUCAAGACAGCCGCUGUGGAGAAAGUCUGUCAGACGUUCAAGAGUAAAUUUGAUGUCCUAAUGACGACUUACAAUCAGAGCAGUCAAACAAGCCCCCCAAAGACUGCAAACCAAGGGGGUAGUGUCUUAGGACGUAAGACCCUCAAGGUUAUCCAGACGUUCCUUGAUCAGGAAACGACGAGGCCAACAUCCCAUAGCGCUGUCACCAUGCUCAGUGACUGCAUACUGACACAGGCUACACCGGUCAGAAUGCCAUCAUUGUUGGCCCAGUUCAGAUCUCCUGAGGUGAUCGAUCAAGAGUCUCCUGAAAACCAAUCACUUAGAGACAGAAUAGAUGUUCCCAAUCAGGAGGUAAAACAACCCAAACGCUUCGGCAACCAAUCCGACAUGGCGUGGGCGGAGCCAACCGAAAGAAACCCCCUCCAGGACAAAGAUAUGAACCAGAUCAACCAAUCACCAAACACCGACCAAUUCAUUAAGCUGUGGGCCGUGACGCCACCAGAGAAACGCAGACAAGCUAAAGUCAUAACCCACGAAUUUAACUCACCGACAGGUCCGAUACCGCUACAACCAAGCGCGCGGCAACCAUCGCUAUCCGUUACCGACCACACCCCUAAGAGACCGAAGGGGUGCGGUAGGAAGAUAACCGAGGCCGCAAUGGAUAAGGAGAACGUAUGCGCUGAACGCGCCAACAACAAGAAAGGGGGCGGGGUCAAGAGAAGGGUCAAACGGGUUUUAAUGGAGGACACGGGGAGUAGCCAACCGAGCAAGAAGGCAAAGAAAAACACAGGAGGGGUGAAGAAGAAACAAGUCACCCUCGUUAAAGGACAGAAAACUCUGAACCAAUUCUUUAGAGUUUGAAGUAAGAACAGACAGCAAUAAUUUUGCCAACUCAUGUGGCCAGUGACUUGGACCCAAUUUUAUAAAACCAUUAAG